GAGGCAAAUCGGGAGCUGGGAGAGCGCGCCGGUGGGCGUGGCGGAGCGGCACGUGGACCGGCGCGGGCAGCGGCGCGGGGAUACCGGGCGCUGCUAUUCCUCCGGGUCGGGAAGAAGCGCCGAGCGCUGCUUUGACAGGAGGCGAUCGCCGCGGCGCCCGGCAGCAGAAGCGCGCGCGCGCACACAGAUACAAACACACACACCCCCCUCGCCAAGGUAAAGGCCGUGCUCAUGCCGUCUCCAUUGUAGUCGCGUGUGCUCCUACAUCUCCAUCCCUCUGCAUGGCAUACUAGUAUGCACGGGUGGAAGUCAUGUCAAGUGCCAUCUUCCCAGCUCCUUUCCCUCCCUUUUUCAGUUGCUAUGGUGCAAUGAGAGACCAGGCAGAAGGAUCGACUUUUUGGGUGGAGCAAGCCUCUUUUGAAAUUUGAACCACUCAGACUCCGGAGACACUGGUGUCACCAGGAUACUUCAGCCACCACCUGUAGAGUGAAACUUCCACUCCAGGAAGAAGAAAAAAGGGUGUGACACAGGAACUGAACAGUCUCCUAUAUGUGAUCGCAUAUAUAUAUAUUUUCCAAAAAAAGAAGAAGCUCGAGAGAGAUUUGCCAUCACAGCAGGAAUGUACCAGGAAGAUGACUGGAAGAAUUCAGCAGUGAGGAAAAAACGGGAAUCAUCUGAUGAGUUACUUUCUCAUGCUGCAUCGCCGGACUUGAUACCCUUCUUCCUUUCUUCUGCGGAGUAAUGGUCCUGAGCAUUCCACUGUUUUGAGGCAUUACCAUGUCUACCAGCAGCCGUACGUGUCCUGUACCAACUGUCAAUGGACAUAUGACUCAUUAUCCAGCUCCGCCGUACCCAUUACUUUUCCCUCCUGUCAUUGGUGGACUCUCCCUUUCGACUCUCCAUGGCAUUCAAGGCAACCCGCCAACCAGCGGCUGCAGCACCCCAUCACCAGCAACUUCCUGUUUUCUGAAUGCAGAGGUACUGGAUCAUGGCCAAAAGGUGCAAUCCGGCUCCAUUAAAGCCAGCUGGGACUUUGCCACCAAGCACAUGGAUUUUAAAAAAUGGUUAAAAAUAAAAGCCAUUGAAACUCAGAGCACCAGUUCUGAAGAACUUGUUCCCAGCCCGCCUUCCCCGCUUCCUCCUCCUCGUGUUUACAAACCCUGCUUCGUUUGUCAGGACAAAUCUUCUGGAUAUCACUAUGGCGUCAGUGCUUGUGAGGGAUGUAAGGGUUUUUUCCGCAGGAGCAUUCAGAAGAACAUGGUUUAUACAUGUCACCGAGAUAAGAACUGUGUUAUUAAUAAAGUCACUAGGAACCGCUGCCAGUACUGCAGACUACAGAAGUGCUUUGAAGUGGGAAUGUCCAAAGAAUCUGUCAGAAAUGACAGGAACAAAAAGAAGAAGGAGCCUUUAAAGCAAGAGUUUAUGGAGAAUUACGAAAUGACGGCAGAGUUGGAUGACCUCACAGAGAAAAUCCGAAAAUCUCACCAGGAAACCUUCCCUUCUCUCUGCCAGCUGGGCAAAUACACUACGAACUCUAGCGCUGACCAUCGAGUUCGGCUGGACCUUGGGCUCUGGGACAAAUUCAGCGAACUUGCGACCAAGUGCAUUAUUAAGAUAGUGGAAUUUGCAAAACGGCUGCCUGGUUUUACAAGUUUGACAAUUGCAGACCAGAUCACACUACUUAAAGCUGCAUGCUUGGACAUCUUGAUCCUUAGAAUUUGCACAAGAUACACGCCCGAACAAGACACGAUGACGUUUUCCGACGGCCUUACACUGAACCGAACUCAGAUGCAUAACGCUGGAUUUGGUCCCUUGACGGAUCUUGUGUUCACAUUUGCCAAUCAGCUCCUGCCCUUGGAAAUGGACGACACGGAAACUGGCCUGCUCAGUGCCAUCUGCUUAAUCUGUGGCGACCGCCAGGACCUCGAAGAACCAGCUAAGGUAGAUGAACUACAGGAGCCAUUGUUGGAGGCUCUCAAAAUAUACAUCAGAAAAAGAAGACCCAACAAGCCUCAUAUGUUUCCAAAGAUCUUAAUGAAAAUCACAGAUCUACGCAGUAUCAGUGCAAAAGGUGCUGAACGUGUUAUUACACUGAAAAUGGAAAUCCCUGGCUCUAUGCCGCCUCUCAUCCAAGAAAUGUUGGAAAACUCAGAAGGACACGAACCACUGACCCCAAGCUCAACCGGGACCACAGCAGAGCACAGUCCUAGCAUCUCCCCAAGUUCCGUGGACAACAGCAGCGUGAGUCAAUCCCCACUGGUGCAAUAAGACGUUCUCCAGCGACAUUCCUAACAUUUUUUAGACAGGGAUGAGACGCAAGAAUAGUCUUUGCUGCUGCUCAUUUUCUGGACUUAUAUAUAAACACACUAAAACCCAACAAGGACCAAGAACUUUUCAUGUGUACCCGUAUUAUAUGUACACACACACACACAUACCCAAACAGAUGCCUUGCAGCUUAACUUGAAACCAUAAACUUUUGAAAUGCUAAAUGAACUAGUUCAUGAAAUAAUAAACUAGUUAAGCUUCAAUUGUUUCUGCUGGAAAUCCAAGAUUGUACGGUGACAAGACAGAUCUCAAACAAGAGGUUAAAAUUAUGGUUUUUACCCAUUUCUGAUGACUUUGUACAUAAACAAAAUAUAUGGGCCUGUACUUUCUCGACUGGAUGUUUGGUGCUUUCCUUUUCUCUUGCGUACAUGAAAUGACCCAGACAUCAUGCUUACGAAAUGGACCGCUUACAUGUCCAGGUGAAAAAAAGUUCUAAGAGAGACAUUCUAAUUUAGUUAGGAUGAAACCUUGUCUUUGCUCUUUUUUUUAAUGGCCUCGGUUUGUAUUUCUUUCUUUCCCAGUAAAAGGAGACAAAGAAAUUCACUGCACUACCAGAAGGAACUUCUGUAUACAUGUAACUGCCAGACCAGUUAUUUGGAUGUAAUUUGUUUUACUGUUAAUGUCACUUUAAAAUUUACAAGGGGGUUUGUUACUUGGCUGACUUCUCUGCAUUUAAAAAUAAAUACUAAAUUUUUAACUUCAGUUAUAGCCUUCAAGGCAGAAACACUUUCCAGUGUUAAUGUUUUUUUUGUUUUGUUUUCUUGUUCACAAGCUGUUAGGGGGAAAUUUUUGGGCUAAUAAUGACCAGGCAUACUCACUACCUCUGAAUUGGUGACACUAGUGAAAACAAAUAUGGAGAAACUGUCCCCCCCCCAAGCCCCACAGUCCUAUUCUCUGGUAACAAGGGGCUGUCACUAGAAUACCCAAAAGCAGAGAUGAGAAUCUGCCUCUUUGACUUUGUUAAUCACCAUAAAACAGAGUGGAAAAUGUGGUAGCGUGGUUACAAUUUUUAAGUGUCAGUUUCUUAGGUUUCAUUUUAAAGCACUAGUGAAUUUUUUUUAUAUAUUCUAGCAAGUCUGUGAUGUACUUUCACUGGCUCUGUUUGUACAUUGAGAUUGUUUAACAAUGCUUUCUAUGUUCAUAUACUGUUUACCUUUUUCCAUGGAAUCUCCUGGCAAAGAAUAAAAUAUAUUUAUUUUA